GUGUUACCAGAUGAGAUGGUCAGUUCAACACAGAUUUGAUUAAAAGCUGUGGGGAAGUGUCCUUUAGAAACCAUAGGCGAGAAGUAGACAAGCUACACCGACAGGAGCAGCCUAUAUCAUGCGUGCAGAGAAACCAGCAGAAGAAGAGCAUGCACUCGAAGUAGAAGUGGCAUACAAAAAGUUGAAUGAGCUUCUUGAUGUGCUUUCACGUGUGAAGGCUGGCAUUAAUGAUGACAUUGACACAGUAGAAAUCCACCGAAGAGCAUUAGAUGACCUUGUCAAUAUAAACUCACUUUUUACAAUGGCUGUGUUCGUUGGCUUAUCGUUUGCCUCCCCAGGCCAAUUGCACAGCCUGGAAAACCGAUCUGUCUGUGACGCAGACCCAGGCAUGGCCAGGAGGCUCAUUAUAUUUGAGGUGAUUUCCUUCGCCUGCUUCCUCUUAUCGAGUUUAGUUGCCAAGACCCUCAAGGUCCAACUCGAUAUCAACCGAUACAAAUAUUCCAGAGAUUGGCAGUCCAGGCUUUGGAGGGGCUGUACGCUGUCCUUAUCGUUGAUGGCCUCGUUCGUGGGCAUUGUGUUUUUGACACUUUCCAUGAUUAAUUUCGUCCAGAUAAGGUUGGGAAAGCUGUCUUGUGGAAGUAUGCAUGCCAUGCAAGCGAUGGCACCACUCUCUGCAAUUGUUUUGCUUGCUCUAGCCAUCUAUGUACCCUCUUCGGUGAAUGCUAUAUGGAUUUCUUUGAAGCAUGUCCAACCAAAGAGGAAGACCAGUUCGACACAGAAAUCUGGGGGAUGAUUUCUGCGCAGCAUCCGUGUUGGCAAAAAAUAAUCAGAGAAAUGUGUGCCCUUGCGCAUCCUUUCAUACUUAGAUAUGUUUGUGUAUUCCUGUGUUAAACAGGUUUAUAUGUUAGCUUCAGCGUAUGGCAUGUGUUUGUCUACUGGUAUAUGGUUGUAUAUCUGGACAAUCAUUCUGCUAGAAGCAAGAUACUGUUUCAACUUGUGUCAAGAAUUUGAAAUUUGAAUCUUAAAUUUGAAAUUAAGUCUUUUUUGGCUAAA